UGUGCAAAUAAGGUUUCUGUGGUGAGACACCAGAUGCACUCAACUUCCUCUUUCAACAACAAAUUUUUCAGUUACCAGCAGGAUCCGUGCCACCCAGAGUUAGGCUUUUUUACCCCUAGCUUCCUGCAAAGAAACAAGAGUGCGUACCUCGGCUGAUCUCCAUGGGAUCAUAAAUCCACGGCUUACCUUGAUGAAUAUACUGAAAUAUUCAAGAUGGGUAGCAACAGUACCAGCAAUGCUGAGACUGACUGCAAUGUCACUGAUACGAAAUUUCAGUACUCCCUCUAUGCAACCACCUACAUCCUCAUAUUCAUCCCUGGUCUUCUGGCCAACAGUGCAGCCUUGUGGGUUCUGUGCCGCUUCAUCAGCAAGAAAAACAAAGCCAUCAUUUUCAUGAUCAACCUCUCUGUGGCUGACCUUGCUCACGUGCUGUCCUUACCCCUCCGGAUUUACUAUUACAUCAGCCACCACUGGCCUUUCCAGAGGGCCGUUUGCCUGCUGUGCUUCUACCUGAAGUAUCUCAACAUGUAUGCCAGCAUUUGCUUCCUGACAUGUAUCAGUCUUCAGCGGUGCUUCUUUCUCCUCAAGCCCUUCAGGGCCAGAGACUGGAAGCGUAGGUAUGAUAUGGGCAUCAGUGCAGCCAUCUGGGUCAUUGUGGGAACUGCCUGUUUGCCAUUUCCCAUCCUGAGAAGCACGGACUUAACCAACAACACCAAUUCCUGCUUUGCUGAUCUUGGUUAUAAGCAAAUGAAUGCAGUGGCUUUGGUCGGGAUGAUUACAGUUGCUGAGCUUGCAGGAUUUGUGAUUCCAGUGGUCAUCAUCGCAUGGUGUACCUGGAAAACCAUUAUAUCCUUGAGACAGCCACCGAUGGCUUUCCAAGAGAUCAGUGAGAGGCAGAAAGCACUGCGGAUGGUUUUCAUGUGUGCUGCAGUCUUCUUCAUCUGCUUCACUCCCUAUCAUAUUAACUUUAUUUUUUACACCAUGGUAAAGGAAACGAUCAUAAGCAGUUGUUCCAUUGUCAGAAGCACACUAUAUUUUCACCCUUUUUCUCUGUGCCUGGCAAGUCUCUGUUGCCUUUUGGAUCCAAUUCUCUAUUACUUCAUGGCCUCAGAGUUUCGUGAUCAAUUAUCCCGCCAGAGCAGCUCUGUGACCCGUUCCCGCCUCAUGAGCAGGGAGAGUGGUUCAUCAAUGAUUAGCUAGAAAUAAAAUAACUCUUCAAUUAUGACUUUGUGCAUCUAUGUUCUUUGGUUUUUUCCAAAGGCCAUAAUUACCAGUGGGACAAUUUCUUUAAUUAAGCCUUGGAGACAAUAGAUAUAAGUGUUUUCUUUUGUGAUAAUUGUGGCCACAGGAGUGGAGAAAAAUGUGGGAAAGGAAGGGAAGAUAAGAUUUACCUGUUUCCUCUUUGAAAUUCAAGGCACUUUCUUGUUUAAGAGACCUAGAUCAAAUUUUCACAGAUGUUUCCAACCAAAUAGAAAUUGGAUUCUUUAUCUUAUUAUCUUCUUCGAUAAAUAGAAUAUUGUUAAAAAGAUACAGUAAAUAUGGGAAAAUUUUCCAACAUAUAAAAGUAAAUCUUUCAUAUGAAGACCUUUAUUUCU